AUGCCACGUAAUGGAAUACUUGAGGUUGAGGUCUUUGAUGUGUGGGGGAUAGACUACAUGGGACCAUUCCCAUCGUCCAAGGGUAAUCCGGAUAUCCUUCUUACUGUAGAUUAUGUGUCUAAGUGGGUGGAAGCCAUUUCCUCACCCACUAACGAUGCUAAGACACAUUUAGAUGCGCUCCUGCGCAAAUAUGAGGUCUAUCAUCGCACCAGACUAGCCUACCACCCUCAAACGAGUGGGCAAGUUGAGGUCUUUAACCGGGAGAUCAAAUCUAUACAUAAGAAGGUGGUGGCGAAAUCUAGCAAGGAUUGGAGCGACAAGCUUGAUGAUACUCUAUGGGCGUAUAGAAUUGCUUUCAAGACACCUAUCGGUACUUCCCUGUAUUAUUUGGUGUAUGGUAAGGCAUGUCAUUUGCCGGUAGAAAUGGAGUAUAAGGCUUUUUGGGCAAUCAAACAGCUCAACAUGGAUGCUAAGCUAUCUGGUGAGAAGCGGCUACUACAGUUGAAUGAGAUAGAUGAGUUUAGGUUGCAAGCCUAUGAUAGUGCCCGCAUCUACAAGGAAAAGACUAAACGAUGGCACGAUAGUCACAUCCUUUAG